GUGGUGCGCACGAGGGUCUCCAGCACUUGGGUCCUUAUGGCAACAUCCCAAACAUUGUGGCUGAGCUGACAGGAGAUAAUGUUCCAAAGGAUUUUGGUGAAGACCAAGGAUAUCCUGAUCCUCCAAAUCCCUGUCCUAUUGGAAAAACAGUUGAUGAUGGGUGUCUAGAAAACACCCCAGACACAGCAGAGGUCAGCAGGGAAUACCAGCUGCACCAACACCUUUUUGAUCCAGAGCAUGACUAUCCCAACAUGGGCAAGUGGAGCAAGAAUUUACUCCUUGAGAAGAUUAAUGGUGGUCCAAAAAGAAGAAAGAGGAGUGUGAACCCCUAUCUGCAAGGACAGCGACUGGAUAAUGUUGUAGCAAAGAAGUCUGUUCCACAUUUUUCAGAUGAAGACAAAGAUCCUGAAUAAGUACAAUAAAAACGAAUGAUGAAAAUUCGUGCCAUCCUCUGCUAGAUCGUAAUAUUGCUUAUAUAUAAUCAUCUAUUAAAAUCCUUGUGAAUGGCAGCAUGUUUAUUAUUUAUAGAAUUAUAGAUGAAAAACAGCUGUAUUUAUAACAGUAUGUUCUCCUAGAUAACAAAAAUAUGGUUCUGCUUUUUGUUAAGUUAUGGUAAAAGGACAUUUCUGUUGUUUUUAUUUUAGUCAUGGAGCAAACUUUAAAAAUGUUAGUCAUUUUAAUAGCUAACGUGAGGUAAAUGGUCUUAAUGAGCAGCUUGUAAAUAGGAAGAUGUUAAAAAAAUGCCCGAUCUGAUUCCAACUUUUAAUCUUAAACGUUACUGUGUUUGACACAUGAAAAUUAUAGUUUUAUGUUUUGUUCACAAAUAUUGUUACUUAGCAAAGACAAAGUAUUUAUUUUACCCAGAGAAUUUUGGCUUUUGGUCUAUUUUAAUAAACAUUUAAGCAAUCUACAAGGUUUGCAAGUGACAUUUUCCAAAAUAUUUCAGAGGCUCGUUUGUCUCAGUUAUUGCUGUGCAAAUUUAAAAAUUAAAGAAAUGCUUUUUGACUCAGUCCACUGGAAUAUUUUUCUGUUAGUUUUAAUCUUUCCAUGUCUGCAACUUUCCUGAACACUUGCACAUCUUUCUUAUCAAUGGUACUGUUGUGUGGAAAUUAAUCUCCCCUGCUGUUCCUUGUCUUAGUAACAAGCAGCGUUUGUGCAUUAUAAUGUGCUUAAAUUAUGUGU